AACGUGAACCGUAUAUAAGGGGUAAGAAUCAAUUCAAUGUUCAUCAGUUCACUUGAUUCAUCGACCAGUGGCAACCCUCCCGAAAACAAGCAAAGGUACGUAACGAUUUCAAUUGUAACAAUCAGCGGCAAACCCUUUCGAUAACGAAAUUGGAUUUAAAAUGGGUAAACUGACGAAAUUCGUUGCUCUCACGGCUUUUCUUUGCUGUUCACAAACACCAACUACGGCCACUUAUUGGGGCGAUUGGGGCAAAGUCGAGUACUGCCCCGAAGGUGAACAGGCAAUUGGAUUUUCAUUGAAAACUGAGAGACCGCAAGGAAGUGGCGACGACACGGCACUCAACGCCAUUGCUCUCAUAUGUACAUCAGGAAGGAUGAUAACCUCGACUCAAGGACCAUGGGGAAAUCGGGGUGGCAGAUUUGUUUGCCAGUCUGGCAGCUACAUAACAUCGUGCCGACUUCGUGUUGAACCGCCCCAAGGUUUCGGCGACGACACAUCGGCCAACGAUUUGAACUGCAAGUGCAGCAACGGAGAGACGUUGAACGGCGACGGGAACAGUUGGGGCAAUUGGAACUCAUGGUCCAGUCCGUGCCACAACGGCAUCAUGGCUAUACAGACCCGAGUGGAAAAACCACAAGGGAGAGGAGACGACACGGCUCUCAACGACGUUUCAUUCACUUGCUUUCGCAAACGCGAUCAGAUGCUUCAGCAAGAGAGAGCGCCAAAUGCAAUAGACGCGUUAGGAGCAAAGUUUGUUGCUGGACGAUUCUAGAUUUUAUUCUGUUAUUCCAAUUGAUUCUAAUUUUAAAUUAUUUUUUAUACAUAUAGGGGUUUAUAUUCUAUGGGUACGAAAUACACUUUUCAAUGGUUUA